AUGGCUGUGGACAGCAAACAUCAGCUCCCGUUUAAGCUCAAAAAUCCAAAUUUGCUACACAACCUAUCCUUUGUGGAUGGUAGCUGGGUACGAGCGAAAUCAGGAAAGACAUUUGAAGUAAUUGACCCUGGAACUGGAAAGCCGUGGAUCGAGUGUCCUACAAACGAUGCAUCAGAUGUAGACAAUGCUGUCAAAAGCUCACACGAGUGUUUCAAGAAUUACAAGAAGAUCAGCCCUCGACAACGGGCGCAGAUGCUCUACCGAUGGGACGCUCUCAUCAAAGAGAACAGGGAUGAUAUAGCGACUAUCCUUGUGUACGAAACCGGUAAACCCAUAUCUGAGGCGUAUGGAGAGAUUGACUAUUCGACGGGCUUCACAUGGUGGUUUGCUGGAGAAGCAGAACGUAUACAGGGCAGUGUUUUCACUCCUGCACUACCAAACAGACGCAUCUUCACAAUCAAGCAGCCACUCGGCGUUGCUGCUGCGUUGGUACCAUGGAACUUUCCCAUCGCGAUGGUUCUUCGCAAAGCUGGUGCCGCAUUGGCUGCGGGCUGUACAAUGAUCGUAAAGCCCAGCCCAGAGACACCAAUCACUAUACUCACGCUUGCGUAUCUCGCGCAAGAAGCUGGGUUCCCCAAGGGAGCUUUGAAUGUCCUGACUACUGAUCUUGAUAAGACACCAGAACUCAGUGAAGCACUCUGUCGGCAUCCACUUGUCAGUAAAGUCACCUUUACAGGCUCUACACGCGUUGGCAAGCUAGUUGCUAAGAUGUGUGCCGAUAAUCUGAAGAAAGUUACACUGGAGCUGGGAGGCAACUGUCCUGUUCUGAUAUUUGACGAUGCAAACAUUGAACAGGCUAUGACCCAGAUCUUCGCACUGAAAUAUCGACACGCGGGUCAAGCUUGUAUCACUGCGAACCGAAUAUACGUUCAAUCUGGUAUUUUCGACAAGUUCCUUGAACGCUGGAAUGAAGAGACGCAAAAGAUCGUUGUCGGCCACGGUUCAGAUGAGAAGACCACGAUGGGACCAGUGACGACCCCAAGAGGCGUCGAAAAAGCGCUCGCGCUUGUUGAAGAUGCGAAGAAAAAAGGCGCGAAAAUCCACACGGGUGGAAACAAGAUCAAGAAAGAUGGCGGCUACUUCUUCGAGCCUACUGUCAUUACCGGCGUUACCUCAGACAUGGAUAUUGCCAAUGAAGAGGCUUUUGCCCCGAUUAGCACAUUCAUCAGGUUUGAUACUGAAGACGAAGCGGUGAGGGAGGCCAAUGAUACCAGCAUGGGUCUUGCUUCCUACUGCUUCACAAAGAACGUUGAUCGUACGUGGAGACUAUUCGAGAAUCUGGAGGCUGGCAUGAUUGGCCUGAAUACCGGCAACUCUUCCGCCGCAGAGUCGCCAUUUGGGGGCAUCAAGCAAUCUGGCUAUGGCAAGGAGUCUGGGAAGGAUGUCGCUGUGAACGAGUAUCUGAUUACGAAGACUGGCACUUUUACGCUAGAGGAGCAGUAG